GGCGCCGCUCCGUUCGCUUCCGCUUCCCCGGCGGCCCUGGGCAGGGGGAGGUGGCGCAGGCGCAGAGCGGCGGCCGAGGCGCGCGUGGGGCGGCGGGUGCACGUGCGGCCGUUGGAGGCGGCGGUUGCGGGCUGUGCUUGUGUGGGGAGGAAAGAGACUGGCCCCACCUCGUAGCAGUUGCGGACCCUCGCCGCGAUGGUCGUCUUCACGUGCAAUGCGUGCGGGGAAUCCGUGAAGAAGGCGCAAGUUGAAAAACACGUGAACGUUUGCAGACAUUGCGAGUGCCUCUCUUGCAUGGAUUGUGGCAAGGAUUUCUGGGGUGAUGACUAUAAGGACCAUGUGAAGUGUGUAACUGAAGACCAGAAGUAUGGAGGAAAAGAUUUUGAAGCCAAAACUAGCAAAGGAGAUGUUAAACAACAGGAGUGGCUUCAGAAAAUUCAUGAAGUAAUGAAGAAACCCAAUAUAAACCCUAAAGUGCGGAACAUUCUGGAGCAAAUGCGUUCCUUUGGUAAUAUUCCAAGAAAAAAAGUAAAAUUUCAGAACUGGAUGAAGAACAGUUUGAGAGUUACUGACAGCACUCUGCAAAAUCAGGUGUGGGAUAUUUUUUCUGAAGCAACUGGAGAUGCGUCAAGUAAAAAAGAACAAGACAAACCACAACAGAAGGAUGUAGUACAGUCUGCAGAAAGUGGGGAAGAAACAAUGGCAGAAGAAAAUGGAGCUACAGAUGGUAAAAUCGAGCGGAAAAAGAAUAAGAAAGAACGGAAAGAAGAGAGACAAAAGAACAAUAAGAAGGAGAAAAAAGAUUUGAAAUUAGAAAAUCAGCCUGUGAGCUCAGAAACAAAAAAGAGUAAAAAGUCCAAAAAAGAAAAGGAGAGCUUGGAGAAUGAAUUUGAAAUAAAUGGAAAUGGCCAUCAGAAUGAAAUAGAAGAGGAAACAAAUGUCAGGAAACGCAAACAUAAGUAUGUAGAAGAGGAACCUUGCAUCACAAAGAAGAAAAUGAAAACUGAAAGCAUGUCAGAAGACAUGGAAACAGAAAACACCAAUGGCAAUGAAGAAACUGUUGGAAAAGGUAAAUUCAACUGGAAAGGAACCAUCAAAGCUGUUCUGAAACAGGCUCCAGACAAUGAAAUUUCAAUUAAAAAACUAAGAAAAAAGGUUAUAGCUCAGUACUAUGCAGUAGCUGGUGAGCAUCACAAAUCAGAAGAGGAUAUUCUAGUCAUAUUUAAUAAGAAAGUGAACAACAAUCCCAAAUUUAAAGUUUUAAAGGACAAAGUGAAACUCCUGAAAUAAGUUUUCAUACUUUCCAUAAUGUUUGCAUUGCAGACUGAGUCAAAUUCUGCUGUCAAGUGGACAGACAUCAUGCAUUGGUCUCAAUUUAAAAUGUUUGUGUAUGGGAGAACAGAAUUUAAGGCAGGAUUCCUCUUCUUUUUCUAGAUUUAUCGCAGAAUAUUUUGGAAGUGCUGCAUAUCUGUUUUCAGAUAUUUUUUAAUUUUUAAGAAAAAUGUAUAUUUUUUUGUACAAGUUUUAAGAGACAUUGAGAAUAGUAGGCAACAGCUGUAUUAAAAUUCUUCCAGUAACAGGUUUAAUUUAUAGGCAUGAAUGUUUAAUCAGGACCAGGGUUGUGUGGCUUUUUGUAGAAACUAUUGUAAGAGCAAUAGGACUUCCAUAUUCAAAACCUCACCAUGGAAAAAUGUUUUGUUGUGAUACAAUUAAAAAUGGUAUGACUGAUAGUUCCUUUCUGCUCUGUAGCUUGUGUACACAGGCUUUAAUAACCUCUUAAUUUUGUGUUGUAAAGUGCAUAAUUACAGUGUCUGUAAAGUUCAUGUAUAUAAGAUUGCACAUUCAGUGAAAAUCUGAAGACUGUUACCUGUACAUGCAUAGCUACUUAGUGUUACAAUUAGUACUACAGCUGACUAAAUUAUAAGUGAUGUCACUUAAGGUAAAAAUUGACCAAUGAAAUAAAUGACUGUAAAACACCACCUUAAAUAUAAUAAAUCUUGUCAGUUUGUGAUUGUACCAACAACAAAAAAAAAAACAACUCAGAAAAAAACCAUGCAUCAAAUCCACAAACUCUACAUCAUUUUUUGUAUUGCAGUCACUGAAAGAA